UCGAGCCACGUAACAAUCCGUUCACUGGAGGAAACGGUUUUUAUUCAUCGGGAAACAAUAAUGUCUGCUUCUCAGUCACUCUGCUAUUCUCUUCUGUCCUAUCCAGCCGACACUGGAGUGUUACAGAUGUUUCAGACGUCGCUCUGAAGCUUCUUUUACCGCCGGUAAGACACUUGACUCAGUCUCCAUCCUACGUCGCCUCCCUGACCUGCCUGUGCAUUCACAAUGCAUUGCCAAAGGGUUUCGUGUCCCUCAGACAGACCAGCGUAACCACGGCUGCUGCCACUUCUCCAGCCAGACCACUCCACUCCACAGCAUCACCUCCAGAAGGUUAAGGUCCUGUCCUCAUUGAACUCGUCACUGUUUCUCUGAAACCAUGGCUGGCUCUGGAGACUUGCCAGCCAUAGAAGGCUCUGGGAUGGAAGGGAUGAAGCUUCCCAUCGGGAUGACCCGACGAGCCCUCAGCUACGAUGACAACCUGGAGGCCCCCAUGUCUACACCCCCCCAUGACAUCAGCAUCAACAACCUGUGGAGACGACCAGUCAUACCAGAGAGGAAGUUCCCCUACCUGGCAGAGGAGGAUGAGAGUGGUUCGGUGACUAUGUCUCACCCAGCGGUGCACAGCGCCCCCUCCAGGUCACCGACGGUCGUUAAAACCAAGGCGUCCUCCAUCAUCAUGAACUCUCUUAUCACCAAGCAGACUCAUGACAGUGUGUACAACUUUGAGCAGAGAGCAGGGCUCACUGACAAAAGCUACACCCCCCACAAAGGCCUCAUGGCCGAUGAGUCACGACUCCACCACCGCAUGCCCGAGUCUUUCCAGAAACUACAGAUUCAGAGCAUGGAGGUCAGAGACGAACGCCCCAACUCCUCAGCCCAGUCUACUCCAUCCAGCACUCCACACAGCUCCCCAAAACAACAGCGCAGGGGCUGGUUUGGCAGUACGAGUUCAGGGACCAGCAUUAGCUCCAACAGCAGCGUGGACAUGGGAGGGGACGCCGCGGGGGGCGCGGUCGAAAAGUGGAGUGCGUUCAGUUCACGUCCGGUCGUUCACAAGACCACCUCUGACCUGGGAUCAGACCCAACCACUCCAGCAGGCUUUGCACUGCAGGCGUACCGGGGUGCUCAGAAGCCCACCCCCAUGGAGGUGAUGAAGUCCCAAGCCACUCGAUUAGGCGACACCCCCUCUGCUCAGCAAGUGGCCCCGCCCAAAAUGGAGAUCCCCACGAUGGAGGGUCGGCGCCAGGGAGCGAGGCCACACAAGCUGAAACACAGAGACAUGAACAUCCUGACGCCCUCUGGAUUCUGAGCGCUCACAUGAUGGUGGAGAAGAAUGCAAGCAGAUCAGUGGAAGCUCACAGGUCCCAUCAGUGCACAUGAUGUUCAACACCAGUGUUCAGGGUCACACUUUGGCUCAUAUCGUCUCAAACUCUAGAGGAAAGAUGGCCCUUCCGGCCACUUAAAGGGGCAAUUUGUAAGAUUAUGAACUAAAACUGAACUCUAUCCAUGGGGGGGGGGGCAUUUUACCAGGAAGCUGUGGUCAUUUGGAUUUUCCAAAUGACCUGUUUGGAAUUGUCAAACGCGGCCCAUACGACUGCUCCCUGCCACAUGACAUUGUAGCAGAUAUUAUUUACAGUUGGACUCUGUACGUUGGCUUUGUACAUUAAAUUUUAACGUUAAUGCAAAUGAAUAUUCCACUAAUGUUCCUGUUGCAGCAGCUACAUCGCUAGUGUACUGGUCAAGAAAAAAAUGGUGCACGUUUAGCAUCAAAUGUAAUUUCUAACUUAUUUAAUGCCACAAAUUAACAUGCAUUUUGUUUCUAUUUAUGUUUAGAAAAUGUUUCCGUAUGGGUCGGGUGUCGCUGGUUAGCAUGCUAACUUCAGUAAAUAUCUGCGUAAUAAGAAGUCAAAACUGUUAUUCCUUUGCACUUUUGUGGAUAAUUUUCAGAUUUCUUAAACUAACAAAAUUACAAAUUGCCCCUUCGGUAUCAUUUCUUCACCACAUCGUACCGUAGCAUGAAGGGAAAUGACAGCAUUAAUGCGAAGAGCAGCUCUUAGAGUCACAGUACCAUGACCUGUUUGUAAAUGGACUCGUACCUGUUCCCGCUGUGGGACUGUGUUGUUUGGUUGUCAAAUCUAACCCUUGACAUUUCUACCCUUCACCGUACGGACAGUUCCAUAUUCCAGGUGUUAGUCGCAGCCCACUGGUGUGAACACAGGCCCGUUCCCACAAAUGUCUGGUGACCCAGUGGGGUUUACCUGUGAGGCUGCAGACAGGAAACCACACCUGUGUCUGUCUGAGGGGGAAGAUCACAACGACUGAGAUCCUCCACAAAAGCACUUUAUCCUCCACCCUUCAGAUCCCAGACCCCCCCCACCACCGCUACCACAGCCUCCACUGGGGUUAAACAACCUGACAGCAUUCUAAGCAGGCCACCAAGGACAAGCAUUAUCUAUGAUGUGGUUUAAUACCAGGAUAAAAGAACAAAAGAAAAUUUAAAAAAUGUUCUUAGGAAAUUUAACCCAUAAGGACCCAGUAUUACUUUUGUGUCAGUUCCCAAAUUAAUAUAUAUUUAACCCUUCUUUAAGUGAUUUUCA